GAGCUACGCUUCCUUGUCGAUUCACGCCGGGGCUGGCGGGCUGCGGCGCGACGCAUGCGCAGAUACUCGCUUUGCCAACUCGGCAGCGCACACAAGCAAUGAUUUGGGUCUGACUAAGAGACGAUAAUGCAGAACAUCAAGUGCGUCGUAGUUGGAGACGGUGCCGUUGGGAAAACCUGCCUCCUGAUUUCCUUCACCACCAAUGCUUUUCCUAAAGAAUACGUCCCAACUGUCUUCGACAACUACAGCGCACAGCUUACAGUAGACACAAAACUCAUCAGUCUGAACCUGUGGGACACGGCGGGUCAGGAGGAAUACGACCGUCUGCGGACUCUCUCCUAUCCGCAGACCAACGUGUUUGUCAUUUGCUUCUGCAUCACCAGCCCUGCAUCCUAUGAGAACGUCAAGCUAAAGUGGUACCCUGAGGUGUCCCAACACUGCCCUAAUGUUCCCAUUCUGCUGGUGGGGACUAAAAAGGAUCUGAGAGAGGACCCAGAGGUUCUGAAGAAGCUGAAGGAGAACAACCAGUCACCUAUCACCCAGCAACAGGGAGGAGCGCUGGCACGACAGAUUCAGGCAAGCAAGUACAUUGAGUGCUCAGCGCUCAUCCAAGACGGGGUGAGUGAAGUGUUCACGGAAGCGGUUAGCAUUUACCUCAACCCAACGCCAUCAGCUUCCAAAAAAACUAAGUGUGUGAUACUGUAAAAGUUCUGCGACUUAAAGAUGAUCUAUUUUUUUUAAGGUUUUUUUCACAUGUACUCUAAAUUAUAACAUAUAUAGCAGUCAUAACAUUAACACUUAAAUGUAAAGUAUAAACACUUCAGCAUGAUGUAACAAAAGCAUGUAUUAAAAAAAUACAGCACAGACACACUUUACAAGAAUGCAUUUUACUUGUGUCCCAAGCAUUCAAAAGCAAUCUUCUGGGGCCAAUGUAUGUUAAUAGUAAAACAUAAAUUAAUAAAAAAUAUACUUUUUUAGAUUGUGGAGAAGGGCAUAUUGUAACAGUAAUGUGGAUUUAAUAAAAAAAAGGAAACGUGUUUUUAUAUAUGUAUGCAGAUAUUUUAUGUAAAUGCAGAAGUUGAAAUGUGUCACCUGUGUUAUCUUUGUCUUUUUCUUUCCUUUUUUUGUCAUUCAAAAUAAGGUCAAGUAAACAAAAAUGACGACAGAAGUUUUUGUGUGAACUAUCCCUUUAAAAUAUUUUAAUUUAAGCAAAAUAUCCACUAAUGAGAAUGUCAGAUUUACUUUCCUUACAUAAGAAAAAAUGUGAGAACAUCAAGAGUGCACAGCUGGACAGAUCUAGAGAUGUAAAGACAAAUUAUUAGACUUCAUGGCUAUACUAUGUAACAUACAGUACAUGAUGUCUCGCCAGAUCUAAAAGGGUUUCUGAACUACUGUGUACACCAUGUUCACAUACAUUGUCAUGAUAUUAAUAGCUGUGUCCAUGAAAUGCUGACUUUAUACUUUUAUGCACACUUAAUAAAAAAGGAGAAACCAUUC